AUGGGUGGACUCGUCUUCACCAAGGGCGAGGACGCCCUACACGUUCCUCGAAUGUCGCCAACGAUCUACAAGUAUGUCAAGGGCCAGUGUCAUGCUGCUCUGCGCCAGCUUUUCAUGGUUGUGGCAAGUCCCAUUGACGGCCCUGGUAAGAAAGACUUCGGAGAUAUUGACAUAUUUGUCACUUGGAGGAAAGAGGGCGCAAUUCCUGGUUCCACGUCCGAAGCAGAAGUCGGUGACGGUAGCCCAGAUGCUCUCGACACCAUUGCGCUCUGUUUGGGUGCUUUUCGCACCCAAAAGCUGAACCCUAGCGCUGCCAACUUUGCCAUCCCCUGGCCCAAGACCCUGCCCAGUCACACCAACGACGAUCCUUGGGAAGAUAAACAGAAGCCCCGAUACAUCCAGGUCGAUGUUACCAUGUGCAGUUCGCUUGAAAGACUCCAAUGGCAACUCUUCAAGCAUGUGCACGGCGAUAUGUGGAAUAUCCUUGGCAGUAUUAUCAGACCACUGGGCCUCACAGCUGAUGAGGUCGGUCUUUACCUCCGAAUCCCCGAGGUUGAGAGACUCAAUCGCAAGCAGGCGAAGGUGCUGUUGUCGACUGAUCCAGCUCAAGUCCUCAACUUCCUUCGCCUUCGAUGCGACGGACCAGAAUGGGAGGGGCCCUUCUCGACAAUGGAGGAAAUGUUCGAGUACACAGCGAAAUGCCGAAUGUUCUGGGUAAAGCCAGAGAAAGACACCGAAAACGCCGAUACUGACGGUGAACGGGUCGGCGGCGAAUUUGAGAAGACUCAGCUCAAUUCCAACGACAGAAGACGGAUGAAACAGCGAUCGCUGUUCAGAAAGUGGAUUGAGGAAUUCCUGCCAAAGUGUCGAGACGAGCGUCGUUUCCUCAAUUGCACAAUGACACGCGGAGAGGUUCGAGAGGACGCUUUCCAGCGUUUUGGUACCAAAGAGCAGUAUGAGAAACAGCUGUUCGAUUUUCAGUUGGACACCCAGACCAAAGGCCUGCGUGGAAACAUCAAGGCAUGGCUGUUGACAGUGGCGGAAACAAACGCCAUCAGUUACCAGCAGCGAGGCGUUCUCGCAUCCGCUUUCUGGAAUAUCAUUGCAAACAAUGACACAAGCUUCAGCGUUCGACCCAAUAAGUCGUUGAAGGAUGAUCGAGGCUUAAUGUACGAGGACGAAGUCGAACGGUUCGUGAAAUCUUCUUGGAAGGAAGUCCUGGCGGUAGCUUGGGAACGUCAUCUGGAAACGUACCAUGCGAAUCUGGCCAAGAAGAGAACUGAGUGA